GUACGUGUCGUAAAGUUACGUCUGUCAACUAGCACAUAAACAAGUAGCUAGCUAAGCAAGUUAGAAAUACAAAGUCAGAUAAUUUAUGCUGUUUUUUUCUCGCCACUACUUUGUUUCUGUUGUUAACGUUAUCACAGAUUUUGCUAAAGUUUCCUAAGUAUGGAUGUUCUGCGGCCACCGCUUAUCAAUAUAGAUGGAAGAAUAUAUCGCAGGAACAUAGUUAAGGAAGAGCAUUAUGAGGAAGAAGAGGAUUUCUCGUACCUGGGACCAUCGGAGAAUGAAGCGCUCGCAGAAGAUGACACUUGUGACAGCCACUUCAUUCAACAGACAGAUCAAGGAUACCGUUGUUCCAUUGAUGUACCAAGUGUUCUUUACAAGUACAUCAUUGGGAAAAAAGGAGAAACACGUAGACGUCUUGAGUUUGACACAAAAACAUCAAUCAACAUCCCAAAACAAGGAGUGGAAGGACAGAUUGUUAUCACAGGAGCCCAAAAAGCUGCAGUUUCAUCCGCCCUUACCCGUGUUGAGGUCCUUGUGGAGAGUUUCCGGAAGAAGCAGCCUUUCACUCAUUUCCUGUCAUUCCCACUCAAUGAUUCCAAAAUCCAAACAGGAUUCCUGAGGUUUAAAGAUAAGGUGUUGCAGCAGUGCUCACAGGAUCAUGGAGUGGAGGAAAGCAUCUUCCAGAACCCUGCAAAGCUUCAUCUGACCGUUGGCACCCUGACUCUGUUAAAUGAAAUAGAAGUGAGAAAGGCAUGUGAACACCUCCAAGUGUGUCAAAGUUUUACCAGAGACAUCACUGAAGGAAAGCCUGUGCUGUGUGAGGUGACAGGCAUAGAGUAUAUGAAUGAUGACCCGGCCAUGGUGGAUGUCUUGUAUGCCAAAGUCAAUGUGAAAGAUGGAUCUGAUAAGUUGCAGAUGAUGGCGGAUCGGCUGGUAGAGCAUUUUGUCUCUGCAGGGCUGAUGGUCAGAGAGUGGGACAGAGUGAAGCUGCACGGCACUGUGAUGAAUACUCUAUUCAGAAAAGAUGCAACAGUUGAAGACACAGGCAGAACAGGAAGACAAACCACGAGUGAAAGAGAGGCUUUUGAUGCCAGAAACAUACUAAAGACAUUUGCUGAUCAUAGUUUUGGGGAGUUUGAACUGAACACCAUCCAUCUGUCCCAAAGAUAUUCAACAGACUGCACUGGAUACUACACGUCUGCAGGAAGCAUCAGCUUCUCUUGAUCCUUAGCAGGACAGAGUUUAUCAAGAGGUCCCCGUUGAACACAGCAGGAUGGAAAGCUUUCACUGAUGCUGGCUGAUGAAGAAGCAGUUGAAAAAACGACGUCAGAUCUGAACAUGAAUGGUGGGGGGAGCUGCAACAGUGCUCCUGAAUAUUUUGUGAAAACCAGUUGGAAAAUGUGGAUAUUUUUGCAGUGCUUUCCCUCCUUCUGACAACAUUGCGUCAUGCAUUCAACUGUGGCUUGUUGUAAUUAUCUGUUGUGUACCAGGAGAUCCUCGCAGUUAUUUCAUCAUGUGACAAUAUGAACAGCCACGAUAAGCAACAUAGCUCGUCUUGAGUCUUGUGAGCUGUUUGUAAAAGAGAAAGGGGACGUGCUAUUUACAUUUGCAGACAGCAAAUAUUUCCAGAUAAGAAAGUCUUCAGAUUGUGCCAUGUACAGUCUUGUCUGAUGUUAUUAAAAUUAAAAUUUCCCACCCCUCU